UAUAAAGCGGUGUGUACUCUGUCGUGUUUUUGUAUUUUCAAGUAUACUCUGCCAUCAAUGUAGUGAUACGACUUAAUGAUCAAUGUGAAUUCACGAAGGUGGACAAAAUGUAGACCAACAUUGUUCUUAUUGUUAAAGACAUUGUCGUAGAAUAAGAAGGAUCGCAGUGGAAAAUACUACGAGCCGCAAUUUUUCUUACAACCCACGUUUAUCGAUCUCUCCGCAGGCAAUGCAUCUUCCUCGCUUCUCAUGCUAUGUUUGUAAACUUUUGACCUUGCUUGGUAAAAAUCGGUGAAACCAUCUCGAUCGGUGAAAAAUCAAGAAUGGAAAUCGUCGGCGAUUACGAGUACAACACAAAAGACCUGAUAGGCCACGGCGCAUUCGCUGUAGUCUUCAGAGGUAGACAUCGUAAAAAACCAAAUUUCAUAGUGGCAAUCAAAAGUAUCACGAAAAAAAGUUUAGCAAAAUCACAGAAUUUACUUGGAAAAGAAAUCAAGAUAUUAAAGGAACUAACAGAAUUACAUCAUGAAAAUGUUGUUGCAUUAUUGGAUUGCAAGGAAUCUAAUCAUAAUGUCUUCCUGGUUAUGGAAUAUUGUAAUGGAGGGGACUUGGCUGACUAUUUAAGUGCGAAAGGCACGCUUUCUGAAGAUACUAUAAGGGUGUUUUUGAAGCAGUUAGCAGGUGCGAUGAAAGCAUUGCACGCCAAAGGUGUAAUUCAUAGAGAUCUUAAGCCGCAAAAUAUUCUACUGAGUCAUAAUUGUGGUAAAGCUUGCCCACAGCCACAUCAAAUAACAUUAAAAAUUGCGGAUUUUGGUUUUGCUAGGUUCUUACAAGAUGGUGUGAUGGCUGCGACAUUAUGUGGAUCACCCAUGUACAUGGCACCUGAAGUUAUAAUGUCACUUCAGUACGAUGCAAAAGCUGAUCUGUGGUCUUUAGGAACAAUAGUCUUUCAGUGUCUUACUGGAAAAGCUCCAUUUCAAGCUCAUACACCGCAUGCUUUGAAACUCUUUUAUGAGAAAAAUGCCAAUUUAGGACCUAAAAUCCCAGCUGGAACUUCCCCUGAAUUAUCUGAUCUUUUAAUGGGACUUUUGAGAAGAAACGCCAGAGAUCGCAUGCCUUUCGAUGAAUUCUUUGGGCAUCCUUUCCUACAGGGCACUAGAGAAAGCCCAAGUCCAGUUCCAGCUGAACUUCCCGCUUCUCCGGGAACGUUAGUUAUUCAGGAACGUGCUGCAGUUGUUGCAAGAUCAGAACCAGAAACAACAAGUCCGUGUUCUAGUCCUGAGGAUGACUUUGUCCUUGUGCCAAGCGAUCUCAGCAGUGACACAGACAAUAAUCCUAAUACGCAACAAGUAAAGUACAUUAAACAAACUAGUAGAGAAGCGGUAAGUCCACCGCGACCAUGUUUUCUUCCUAUUUCGGAACCAAUCCCUGUACCAUCUCAAAGAAGCAUCACACAGCCAUCGUCUCCUUCUACUAACACGAGAUCUGGAGGUAGCGUUGUUCCUCGUUCACAGCCUAUCAGUAUGAAACGCAGCGUGGAUACUCAUAGAAGUCAUGCCCCUGAUAUUGGUUCCCUUAGUCCACCUAGUGUUCAGUUUGUCAUUGGUACACCACCCAGUAGAAGAUUAAGCGAGACACCACCACCGCCAAACACAUGGCAAGUUAGUCCUGUUGCAAGGCAUUCGCAUACCUCUAGCGGGACGUCACCUUUAAGACGUUCAACUGGCAAUAAUAGUGCAUCAUCGCCGCUAUUAACAGGGCCACUAGCGGUGUUAGGUUCUCCAACAUCGAGAGCGUUUCAGGAUAAUAAUAACACGUUAAGGCAUUCACCUGUUAUUCCUUUUGGUACAAGAGCUGUUACUCUUCCUGAAAUAUCUGAGGCAGGUAGUUUCCAAAAUCUUUUACCGGAAGUAAAUCCUACAAUAAUGGACGAACGCCCGUUGACGUUCAUCGCACCUGAACUCCCGGAAGAGACGCUUUUGGAACGAGAACACAACGAAAUAUUAGCGAAGUUAAAUUUUGUUGUCGCAUUGUGCGAGUGUGUAUGCGAGGUAGCCAGAACGCGAGCCGGACCUUUGGGCGCACCUUUGGGUGGCAUCGAACAGGCAAGUAACGCCGCAACGAGAAGAAGGGCUGAACAAGUAAUUCUACUUGUUAGAGCUCUUCAGUGGCUCAGUUCUGGAUUAAGUCUGGCGACGCAACAAUUGAAGGCUGGUAGAUUACAGCCCACCGCCAGUGUUAAAGAAGAACGUGCCUCACAGAAUGUAAACAGCUCAAUAGCGCUGGGCUUCUUCAUCAAACGGGAGCCACCGCGGACAAAAUUCUCUAUAAUCAUGCCAUACAAAUGUGUCAGUCGGCAGCACUUGAUGAAUUGUUCGGCAAUCCUGCUGAAUGUUUUCAGCGAUAUCACUCGGCACAGAUAUUAUUGCAUUCAUUAUCGCAGCAUGUCAGUCACAGUCAGGAUAGGGCUCUCCUUAUUAAAUACAAAGAUGCUGUUGAAAAACGCUUGUACGUACUUCAACAACAAGGUUACAUUUACGCAACUGAUCCUACAUAGCGGUUGUGAAAAAUCGCAGCGAAGUACAGCAACCCGCCCAAAACCAUACCAUAUUCGAUACUUCCUUUCUGUAAGAUAUUCUGCCCUAUUCCGUAUAAAAACUGUUUAUUCAUUGAUCAUUGCGAUCACGCUACAAAGAUGACAUUGUAGAAAAAGAGAAGAUAACAUAUAUAGUAAGGUUUGUUAGAUCUACAGAGAAUAGGGUAGAUUACGCCGUGAAAGAGUACGAAAGUGGUUCUUUACAAGUUUCUUUAUAUGGUUUAUUAAUGAUAUAUAUAAUAUAUAUAUUAUGUUAUAUAUAUAAUAUAUAUAUACAUUGUGAUGUACGUAUGGUUGAUUGACUAACCUUUAUUUCAUAUCAAACAAUAAACAUGUGUAUACUAACAGCAUUGAGCAUUCAGUGCAAAGCUGAUUUCUUAAAUGAUGGUGGUAUAAUAAUUGCAACCAGAUUAAAGUAUAAAGUAUUAUUUUCA